GCUCCCCGCCCGCCCGCCCCCAGCCUUGGCGCUUCAGGGCACCGGCUUCGCCCGCGCACCUGGGAGCGUGAGAGCGUGUCUCGGCACCGCCAGCGCCGGGGAGCCGCCGUGUCCUCCGGGGACAGCCCUGCCAGCCUGGGCCCGGUCUGCCACGCCACCCCUGCCCACCACUCAAGAUGACGUCUGCCACCAAGGUGUACUACAGCCAAACCACCCAGACUGACAGCCGCCCACUGAUCAGCUCGGGCCUGCGCAAGCGCCGAGUGAUGACAAAGGAUGGGCGGAGCAAUGUGCGCAUGGAGCACAUCGCCGACAAGCGGUUCCUCUACCUCAAGGACCUGUGGACCACCUUCAUUGACAUGCAAUGGCGCUACAAGCUCGUGCUCUUCUCUGCCACCUUUGCCGGCACCUGGUUUGUGUUUGGUGUGGUCUGGUACCUGGUGGCCGUGGUGCACGGGGACCUGCUGGAAUUUGACCCCCCGGCCAACCACACACCCUGCGUCAUGCAGGUGCACACGCUUACCGGGGCCUUCCUCUUCUCCCUGGAGUCCCAGACCACCAUCGGCUACGGCUUCCGCUACAUCAGCGAGGAGUGCCCGCUGGCCAUCGUCCUGCUCAUCAGCCAGCUGGUCCUCACCACCAUCAUGGAGAUCUUCAUCACAGGCACUUUCCUAGCCAAGAUCGCCCGGCCCAAGAAGCGAGCGGAGACCAUCAAGUUCAGCCAGAACGCCGCGGUGUCCCAGCACAACGGCAAGACCUGCCUCAUGAUCCGCGUAGCCAACAUGCGCAAAAGCCUGCUUAUCGGGUGCCAGGUGACUGGCAAGCUGCUGCAGACCUACCUCACCAAAGAAGGUGAGAACGUCCGGCUCAACCAGGUCAACGUGGACUUCCAGGUGGACACGUCCUCGGACAGCCCCUUUCUCAUCCUGCCCCUCACCUUCUACCACAUCGUGGACGACGUCAGCCCCUUCCGGGACAUGUCCCUGCGCACAGGUGAAGGCGACUUCGAGCUGGUCGUCAUUCUGAGUGGCACGGUGGAGUCCACCAGUGCCACCUGCCAGGUGCGCACCUCCUACCUGCCUGAGGAAAUCCUGUGGGGCUACGAGUUCACGCCGGUCAUCUCCCUCUCGGCCAGUGGCAAGUAUGUCGCUGACUUCAGCCUUUUCGACCAGGUGGUGAAGGUGUCACCACCCUGCUGCAUCCAUGAGACCGUGAGGUUCGGUGACCCUGAGAAGUUGAAGCUGGAGGAGUCCUUCCGGGAGAAGGCAGAGCGCGAGGGCAGCCCACUCAGCGUCCGCAUCAGCAACGUCUGAGCGGCCCACGGCUCACGCCCAGCCUCUCAGUGCCUACUCCUUCCCCCUCUCUAACCUUUCCCCUCCUCCCCGCUCUUCUCUCUCCUUCCCUGCCAGUCUCACGGGGCAGUUCGAGUGAUCCACUCUCCCAUAGGACCAUGCCGAAGGAUUGCGCCGUUAGUUCCCCCCAUAGCACUGCUCCCACCUUGUCCCUGGGACCUCCCAAGGGAGAGGCUGGGUGGCCAACCUCCCUUCUUCCUCCUCCUGGGCCUGGUGCUUGCAUUGAUUUUGGCACAGUGCCAGGCACCCCACGGCCAUGCGGAGCCCAAGCCAGCAGGGUGGCAUCGCCCCACAACCCAGUGGGCUGUUUUUAUGGACUCUGCCUUUGCUCCCAGCCUGCAGACUCAACUCACACCUAACGCCCUGCUAAUCCCCCGCGAGGCACAGGCGCGUUUCCAGGACAGCAACCUAUACCAGGGUGCUGCUAGCGGCACCGCCCGCCCUGUCCCAGGCACAGCAAUGGCCGUACUGGGUCAGCACCAAGGUCCACCCAGUCCCGUUCCCUGCAUCCAAGCCUGGAGGAAGAGGUGACUGCUGUCUGCAACACUGGUGGACACAGGACCUGGCACAGCCUGCUGCAUGUCAAGGAUCACCGUGGUCAUUGGAAGACCCCUGAGCACCUGGCCUGAUGGCCUGGCAGGGAGUCUUGCGGGGGAAGCAUCUCCCUUGGCACAGGCUGGGCUGGCGGAAAGCUGCAGCCCCCAGAAACGGACCCUGAGACCAGUGCUGGGCACUGACUAACAAGGUGCUGGAGUGGAGGCAGGGGGGGCUUGAGGCUCUGGCAGCCCCGAGCUCUGGGGCAUGGGGAGGUGUCCAGCAGCCAGGAGAAUAAGCCUCUUCCUGCCUCCCUAAACAGCUGCCUUGACAUUUCCUCGCUGGGCAGGAAGCAGGCAAAAGAAGCCGGUGAUGAAGAUCUCCAUGAUGGUGGUGAGGACCCCUGGUUGCUGGCUACGUCCCCUCGCACUCUCUGCAGAGCCUGGAGCCCCGCUGCCUCCACCCCCUGCCCAUGGUCCCCUUCCCCGACUCCGGGCAUGAAGCCAGACCAGCAUGCCUCUGCAGCCUGGCCCUGUGCUCCACUGGUUGUGGAGACCUCACGGGCCCUUCCUGAGAGACCAGCCCCUCUGGCUGCUCCUUUGCACCAACCCCUGGCUGGGAGACCCUCACACACUGAGAAAACCCCCAUCCCCAGGGACCCACAGCCCAGCUGCAGCCUGAGCCAGCCAGCAGGGAGACUGCACAUGGCUUGGCUGCAUAUGAUGCCUCUGGUGCCCAUUGCUCAUCCACCCGAGGGGGGCAGGGAAUCAGCUGUGCCCGGGGCUGGAGGGUUUCACAUCAGCAGCACGGUGAAGGUCUCAGCCCCGAGGCUGCCACGGAUCCCCUGCAUUGUGGAGGUGCUUCCAGGUGCUCGGGGCUCCAGAGCAGCAUUGGGCCCUGCAGCCAUGGAGCAUCCAGCCAUGCCAAGCACAGCUGACUGCAGCAGAAGGAAGCCACCGUGUCCGGCACAUGCACACCCUGCAUUCAAGGCAGUGCCAGCACCUCCCUGGGAAGUCCCGCACUGUCCCCACCCCCCGCAGCACCAUCCCCAUGGCCCAGACUGGCAGCUGAGCUGGAGGGUCACAGCCCAGCCCAGGGAGAGCGGCUCACCAGGACUGCAAAACACCCGUAGCAGAAAUGCGGAUGUGGAGGCCAUGGGAACCUCGAUUCCCAAGUGGUCCCGCUCCUCUCUGCCGCCGGGGCUUCCCCUGCAGCUCUGUCUUGUGUCCUGCCCCGGCGGCUCUGUCACUCGUGUCCAGGGUCAGUGACACCAGCACACGGGGGUCCUGGGAGUUUAGGAAGUUGUGGGCUUGUGAACACGUGUAGUACUGUAUCUGAACACCGGGGGGCAGCAUGCACUUCUGUGUAUACACGUGUGUGUGUGUGUGUGUGUGUGUGUGUGUGUGUGUGUGUGUGUGCGUGCGCAUGCCUGUACCAGAAUAUUAGGCGCAGGUGCGUCUGUGUCAGUGUGUGCAUGCAUGUGUGUGUGUGUCUGUAUGCCUGUACCAGAAUAUUAGGCACAGAGGUGUGUGUGUGUGUGUGUGUGUGCACGUGCCUGUACCAGAAUAUUAGGCACAGGUGUGUGUGUGUGUGUGUGUGUGUGUGUGUGUGUGU